GCUGAGCUCCUGCCCCCUCGCUCCUGUCUGUCUCCUAUUCCAGGCUGGCAGGCUGACAUCUUCAAGUGGGUCCAGAAGACAUCCCCAACUCAGGGAGACUGAGCUGUCAUCACACGCUGCACAAAAUGAUAUUCCUCACAGCACUGCCCCUGUUUUGGAUCAUGAUUGCAGCCUCUCGAGGGGGUCACUGGGGUGCCUGGAUGCCCUCGUCCAUCUCGGCCUUCGAGGGCACAUGCGUCUCCAUCCCCUGCCGCUUUGACUUCCCUGACGAGCUGCGGCCUGCCGUUGUGCAUGGCGUCUGGUACUUCAACAGCCCCUACCCGAAGAACUACCCCCCCGUGGUCUUCAAGUCACGCACCCAAGUCGUCCACGAGAGCUUCCAGGGCCGCAGCCGCCUCCUGGGGGACCUGGGCCUGCGCAACUGCACCCUCCUGCUCAGCAACCUCAGCCCCGAGCUUGGCGGCAAGUACUACUUCCGCGGGGACCUCGGGGGCUACAACCAGUACACUUUCUCGGAGCACAGCGUCCUGGACAUCAUCAACACCCCCAACAUUGUGGUCCCCCUGGAAGUGGUGGCAGGCACGGAAGUGGAGGUCAGCUGCUUGGUGCCUGACAACUGCCCGGAGCUGCGCCCGGAGCUGAGCUGGCUGGGCCACGACGGCCUGGGGGAGCCGGCUGUACUGGGCCGGCUGCGCGAGGACGAGGGCACGUGGGUGCAGGUGUCACUGCUGCACUUCGUGCCCACCAGGGAGGCCAAUGGCCUUCGGCUGGGCUGCCAGGCCUCCUUCCCCAACACCACCCUGCAGUUCGAGGGCUACGCCAGUCUGGACGUCAAGUACCCCCCUGUGAUUGUGGAGAUGAACUCCUCCGUGGAGGCCAUCGAGGGGUCCCACGUCGGCCUGCUCUGCGGGGCAGACAGCAACCCGCUGCCGCUGCUGACCUGGAUGCGGGACGGCACGGUGCUUCGGGAGGCCGUGGCCGAGAGCCUGUUCCUUGAGCUGGAUGAAGUGACCCCCGGGGAGGACGGCGUCUACGCCUGCCUGGCAGAGAACGCCUAUGGCCAGGACAACCGCACCGUGGAGCUCAGCGUCAUGUACGCACCCAGGAAGCCAACAGUGAACGUGACAGUGGUGGCUGUGGAGGGGGAGACGGUCUCCAUCUUGUGCUCCACAGAGAGCAACCCAGAUCCUAUUCUCACCAUCUUCAAAGAGAAGCAGAUCCUGGCUACAGUCAUCUACGAGAGCGAGCUGCAGGUGGAGCUGCCGGCUGUCACGCCUGAGGACGAUGGAGAGUACUGGUGUGUGGCCGAGAACCAGUAUGGCCAGAGGGCCACCGCCUUCAACCUCUCCGUGGAGUUUGCUCCUGUGAUCCUCUUGGAGUCCCACUGUGCAGCGGCCCGCGACACGGUGCAGUGCCUGUGCGUGGUGAAGUCCAACCCGGAGCCCUCGGUGGCCUUCGAGCUGCCCUCGCGCAACGUGACCGUGAACGAGACGGAGCGGGAGUUUGUGUACUCGGAGCGCAGCGGCCUCCUGCUCACCAGCAUUCUCACGCUGCGGGGACAGGCCCAGGCCCCGCCCCGGGUCAUCUGCACCUCCCGCAACCUCUACGGCACCAAGAGCCUGGAGCUGCCCUUCCAGGGAGCCCACCGCCUGAUGUGGGCUAAGAUUGGGCCCGUGGGAGCCGUGGUUGCCUUUGCCAUCCUGAUUGCCAUUGUCUGCUACAUUACCCAGACGCGCAGAAAAAAGAACGUGACAGAGAGCCCCAGCUUCUCCGCAGGGGGCAAUCCCCCAGUCCUGUUCAGCAGUGACUUCCGCAUCUCGGGGGCACCGGAGAAGAGUGAGAGGCGCCUGGGAUCUGAGAGGAGGCUUCUGGGCCUUCGGGGGCAGCACCCAGAGCUGGACCUGAGCUUUUCUCACUCGGACCUGGGAAAACGACCCACCAAGGACAGCUACACCCUGACAGAGGAGCUGGCCGAAUAUGCUGAGAUCCGCGUCAAGUGAGGGAGUUGGCCGAGGGCUCCCUUCUGCCCCAAAGUACUGGGGGUCGAGGCAGGAAAGGGAGGGAACAGGCGACAGCAAGGCCCCAGGGGUCUGGCCCCCCAUCCUUCCCAGCUGCCCCUACCCUGCCAGCACCACAUCCUCACAGUGUGGCUCUCCUCUAACCUCCUUUAACCUCAUCUGUCUGGAGGGGAGUUUUGUCUGUGUGUUAUUUAUUGCUAUCCCCUGCCUGGUCUCCUCCCCUGCACCUGGCCCCGGGGUAUACUGAAGGGACAUGGAAUAAAUGCCCCAAAGCCAAA